CCUCUAUCCGGUAACUAACCUUGCUGAUGUUGCUACAUUUGAAAAAAGUAUAUCUGUCCUUUUCUUACACUUGUGUUGCUGUGCUUGCUCCUUAUCUUGCCCCCCGGACAGCAAGCGAUUGAUCAACAUCUGCCAACUAUCAACAAAAAAGCAAGUUCCACAAAUCAAAGUACAAAGUUCAGAAUUAAUUUCUCUAAACUUUUCUAAGCUUUUUUUCAAUUUAGCACCCUUAAAUUUUUGUUCAAAAAUGGCCCGUGUGCUUGUUGGUGUUAAAAGAGUGAUUGAUUAUGCUGUUAAGAUCCGCGUGAAACCAGACAAAUCUGGAGUAGUCACUGAUGGUGUCAAACAUUCCAUGAAUCCAUUUGAUGAAAUCGCCGUAGAAGAAGCUGUGAGAAUGAAAGAGAAAAAAAUUGCUUCAGAAGUUAUUGCCGUAUCUUGCGGACCAGCACAAUCACAAGAAGUUUUAAGGACUGCUCUGGCUAUGGGCGUAGACAAAGGCAUCCACGUAGAAGUAUCAGGGCCGGAAUACGAAACUCUACAGCCCAUCCAUGUAUCGAAAAUUUUGGCUAAAAUUGCCCAAAAUGAAAAAAUUGACGUCAUUAUUGUUGGCAAACAAGCUAUCGAUGAUGACUGCAACCAAACAGCCCAAAUGACUGCUGGCGUUUUAGAUUGGCCUCAAGGAACUUUUGCAUCAAAAAUUGAAAAAGGUGACAAAGACAUCACAAUAACCAGAGAAGUCGAUGGAGGUUUAGAAGUCAUCAAAUGCAAACUCCCAGCUGUUUUAAGUGCUGAUUUAAGACUAAAUGAACCUAGAUAUGCUACAUUGCCAAACAUUAUGAAAGCCAAGAAAAAACCAAUUCAGAAACUAACUCCUAAAGAUCUUGGUGUUGAUGUUUCUCCCAGAAUUAAGAUUAUUAGCGUAGAGGACCCACCAACAAGGCAAGCAGGACAAAUUGUGCCAGAUGUAGACAAUCUCAUAUCCAAAUUAAAGGAAGCCGGCCAUUGCUAAGUUUAAUUAAAUGCUGUUAAAAUAAUUGUAAAGACCCUGUACACCUUUUGUGGGUUUUCCUGACCGCAGUUGAGUUCAACCAAAUUUCAGUAUGUUAUUUAUCUGAUCUUAUCUUGUGCCCAAUGUAACCCUAUAACUAUUUUUUAAGAGAUAGGGUGUUAAAGCCUGUUUUACAGCUUGCAAUUAUAUCUGGAAUCUGCAAGAAACUGUGUGUAAUAUCAGACACCAUGGCUGGGACUCUGUAACCAAUAAAGAUAUUUUCUCUGUCUAGUGGCGUCCCCUCUCUAUUGAUUUCCAAAAAAAAGACAGAAGAAUAUAGCAAUGGGGAUAACAGAAAGAACGGAUCUAUAGCAUACUGAAAUUUGGUUAAAUUCUAGUGAGGUCAGUAAACCUAUGAGGUGUGCCAAAUCCUUUUUUAGAAUUUAUGUAUGGCAACAUUGUUAUGAAAUUCAUGUAUUUCCCUAUACAUUUUAUAUUAUUACACAUUUACAAAAGUUGAAUAA